AUGUUAUUUUUGUUUGGCGUUGUAUCUGUCUAUACAGUGACGUUUUUAUCAACUGAGAGAUGGCUGGCAGUACAAUAUCCUUUCAAAUACAGAAUUGCUAUAUCUUCAACGAAAGUGAAAGUUUGUGUUUUGUUCAUUUGGGUGCUAAGUUUACUUGCAAACGCGCCAAAUUUAACAGAAAUGAGUCCAACAAACGACUUUAGAACACCUUGCCAAUGGAAAUAUAAGAACUACCAAACAAGAGAAAUGGUGGCAACUCUGGAAAUUUUACUGAAAUUUAUUCUACCAUCACUGAUUCUGGUUCUAGUGUUACUUUCGUUGUAUAGAAAAUUUUACCAUCAGAACCUUGACAGCAGUAUACGACCACACCGUGAGAAACAGCUACUGCGCAUGUGCGCAGCGACUUCAUUUGUUGUUCUUAUAUGUUGGAGUCCAAAUCAAGUAUAUUAUCUUUUACACAAGUUGGAUGUGGUAAAAAUUGGCACAAACUGGCAUCAUAUGACUGUGGCACUGGCACUUUCUACGUCAGCUAUAAAUCCUAUAAUUUAUUACGUUACAAGUACAGCGUAUCGUCGAUGUUUGCUGACGUUUUUGUUUAAAGUAUUUAGCAAGUGCAAACCAAGGGUACAUUUCACAACGACAUAUCCCCUCGCGGAUAUUGAGAACAUCAAUACAAGCAGGGACAGUCAAACAAAUAGACCACAAGUAUUUAUAGUGCAUAUGACAUGAAAUUUCUUAUUUUCUUAAAUUUUUAAACUGUAGUGCAACUUAUUUUUCAGUUUCUUGUUUUUAUGGUUUGUUCCCGAGAUAUUUCAGUUUGUUUGAUAUGUAAAUGAGCGUGAAUAUGUCCGCUAAUUUGUGACGUCACGUUGGUUGCAAGCUCUUCAAAAUGAUUGAAUAUCACUGCUAUCAUCCAAGAUGAUAAUUUCAAACUUUACUCACUGGUAAAUAUGAUGAAACACUGGAGAAAAACGUGAAGCUGAUAUUUACAGUUUUUAGAGUUAAUACAUUUGUUACGAAACAUUAUCACUUAUACACAAAAUUUUAGGUAAAAAUAAAAUAACAGAAAAUGUUUGCUUGAGAGCAGGUAAAAUGUUCGUGCAGGCAAAUAUUAUCCAAAGCAUAAUGAGAAGAGAUAAUGGAUAUUUUGCCACAAAUCAAUUAGCAAAGUAAGGUAAACAUUAAUUAUUUCUUCCAUUAGGCUGUGACAGUUUGUUAACUAGCUGCCGUUGUGUAUGUGGAGACUUGACUUUUAAUGUUUAAUAUUAUGUUGUAUAAAUAAGUGUGGGUAGUGUAGUUAAUGAACGUAACAGAAUCUAGUUCCGAAAACGACCAACCAAUAUCUAGGCGAACGCGCUCUCACAAUGUAGAUCCUCUUGGUGUUGACUCCGCACGCUGCAUGGUGUACAGGUAAUUGUACAUCUCGGGUUGGGAACGACCAUUUUCCGUCUUCAGAUUCAGAUUCUUCUCUCUCGCCAGUAUCUUAUUUAGAAACAGAGUUUCCAGCUUUUCCCACGGGCCCAAUGAUGGCUGAGGAAGCCCAAGCCCUUCAACCUGGUCUUCUCGAUCUCUUGCAAGAAAUGACAGACCGACUACAAGCACAUCAAAAUCAAAUUGCCGGGGCGCCUCCCAGAGCAAGUGGCCUUCAGUCGCCAGUUUUUCACGGUUCUCCUACUGAGGAUUAUGACGAGUGGCUGCAAAAAUUUCAACGUUAUGCCACAUUUAAUGGGUGGACCCCUGACCAACAAUUGAAUUGGUUUGUAAUGUUUCUUAGUGGUAGCGCUUUACGCGUUUAUCAGCGUCAAACAGACGAAAUUCGCGCAGAUUUAGAUGCCCUAUACAAGACGCUUUAA